ACCAGAAAAUUGUCACAAUAUAUUUAAACAGCUUUAACGGUCUCUUGUGUUCAGUCAGCUAGAUUAUCUGCAAAGUUGAACGGCUCAAAAUGGAUUCCAGAGAUAUAAUUGCAUCUGUUAAAAAAUACCCAGUUCUGUACGAUUUAUGUUCUCAACGAACGCUAGCACGAAGAGAUGCUUGGAAGGAAGUUGCAGCAGAACUAAAUGCAGAUGUUGCAAGUGUACAAAGAAAAUGGAAGAACUUACGAGACUCCUACGUAAAGUACUUGAGCAAUGCUUCAAUGGCUUUUCGUUUAGAUGCUGAAAUGAAAUUCUUAAAUCCAUAUUUGCAAAUCGCUAAAUUACCAAAUGUUUCGGCCAAUAGUAAUAAAUCAAGAAAUUUCCGUAAUAGGCGCAAACAAGUCGAAGAAGCUGACUCUGAUGAUGAUGAGAAUACUUCCUUAAAGUCGAGGAAGAGGAAAGUAAAGACGCCAAAUUAUAAUGAGAGCGAUUCAGGCAGCGAAAGCAGCGAGUUUGGGAACGAAUCCGAUAGUUCCACCAACACGAUUGGUGAUGACGUUGAUCAUUUAAAAUUAAAUCAGAGCGUCAUAAUGAACUCAGCAAUUGUAGAUGAAAAAUUUGUAGAUUUCGCUAACAGAGUAAAGAAGUUGUCUCAGAAUAAUAUCUUAACCAUUCUAUCCCAAAUUUCUCAAAUUAUUGUUGAAAAAGAAGAAUCGACACGUGGCCAUUCAAAGGACAUCAAAAUUAAAUUGAAAUAAAACUUUUGAUUUUUUUGUGAACGGUACAAUUUUUAUUUGCUGACAUUAGAUUUUCAAUAUAUCCACUUUCAGUGCGGUUUCGCGUUAGUUUUUUGUAAUCUAUGUGUAUCUCUUUUAAGUAGUCCAAUUUAGCUCCUAGCUAAGGAAUAGUGUUGUAUUUAAGUUAUAUGAAUUUUAAAGUUGUACAAUCUGUAAAUGUUAUUAUUAUUAUGAUUAAAAUUAUUGCAAUGUUAUAUGUUAUCAAGAUGAUUAAAAGCAAUUUUACUAUU